AUGGGAGGGAGAAACUUGCGGCGGAUACGCGAGGAGAAUGUUCUACCUUCGCAUGCUGAGUUGGUGAAGCGCGGUGGAGAGGUCUAUGUCGUCGGAUAUGAUCAAGUAGUUAGUGGGGGCGGGAUUGUCUACUGCCACAACAACAUGUCCAUUAGGAUCUUUUUGUCCCUAUCUUUCACAUCUGAUAGAGACAAUCAAACGGUCAAGCGAGAAGAGUCACCCGGUGCUGAAGAGCGCGUGCUGGAUGGGCAGCGGAAUGCGGUUGGUGUCGCCGUAGGCAAAGAUGGAGACGACGCCGACGUAGUUGGAGUUGACGAGAGCAGAGACUAUGUUCUGCGAGACAGACUAAUCUGGUGA